UAUCCAAAACUAUUAUUUGAUAUCGAUCAUGGUGCGCCAGUGCUGUGUUUGCAAGAUAUACACUCGUCAGCGUGAAGCAGAAGGCUUAUCUUUUCAUCGGUAAGUGAAAAUAAAAAUGUUGUGUUAGAAAGUCCAGUGGCGUGGGGACGCAUUCUCGAUAUCCGGUAGUUUAAUGUUUUUACAAUGAAUGAGCAUUUUAAAGCACUUCCGUAAUCUUUUAGGAUGCCUAAUGAACCUACAAGAAGAUGUUUGGGUAUCUCUUCUGGGAUUUGAGAAAGACCACCAGUUCCCAAAGUAUGCUUACGUCUGUUCCAAACACUUUCAGAAAAGUGAUUUUGUAAUUAUGCCUGAUGGAGCUAGGCAUCUCAAAUGUGAUGCUGUUCCAACUGCUGUGCAUCCUGCCUUUGAUCUCACAAAGAGCGCCAGUUCAGAGUCAUCGCUUAGUCUCAGCUCUUUUAGUAGUCCUGGCAAGGAACAAAUAGGAGUUUCCUCAAGCUCAGAACCUCAUUCAGAAAUUGACAUUCUGGGUAUUACCGCCACUUCAGCAGAUGGUGGCCCUGUUGUAAAACGCUUGAGAUUUGAAGACAUUGUUGCUGAUGUGAAAUCCGAUACAGCUACAGAGACCAAAGAACAGCUACAGAUUCAAGAAAAGCACAGGUUAGAACAUGAAAAUGUGUACCCGGGACCAUCUAGAGAGCUACCAUCUUAUCCAGCAGUUGCUAAUUCAAGUUCAUCAGAUACGACUACUGCAUCAGAGGCUGAAGAACAGUUGGACUCUGUAGCAAUGCCUGCCCUUACAUCUGAUUUUCACACGAAACCAGUUGCAGGACUGAAGAGAAAGAGGAAGAGCCGUUAUGUUGGUGAUAUGUCGAGUGAUGAUUUCUCCUCACCUGUAAGAGCAAAAAGAAACUUUUGCAUAAUGAAAAAUGUAAUACAGGCCCAGAGAAAAAGAAUUCAUGGACUUCCAGUCACAGUUGACUCACUCAGGAAGAGAGUAAGGACACUAAAUAGCCUUAUUAGUGUUUUAAAGAAAAAAUCUUACAUAAGUGACUCAUCUGAAAAUGUUUUGAGGGUAUCGUUAUCCGGCUCAUCUCUUAAAAUUUUUGAGAGAAUGUUACGAGGGCCAUCAUCACAGAAGUAUGACCCUUCAACAAGGACUUUUGCAUUAACUUUAUCUUUUUAUUCGCCUAGAGCUUAUAAUUUUGUCAGUACACGUUCAAUAAAUCACUGCCUCAUCUAAGCACUAUCAGUAAAUGGUAUAGAUCGGUUGAUGGUUCCCCAGGCUUCACCUAAGAAGCACUGCAGGCUUUGAAAAUAAAACAUGAAUACGCUUUGUCACAAGGUAAGGCAGUCUACUGCAAUUUGGUCUUAGAUGAGAUGUCCAUCCGUCGCCAGGUGGAAUGGACAGGCAGUAAAUUCUCUGGGUAUAUAGAUAUUGGCUCAAAGAUCGACUCGGACAUUUUACCUGAAGCAAAAGAAGCUUUGGUAUUCAUGCUUGUUUGUUUGAACGGCUCAUGGAAAAUACCAGUAGGCUAUUUCUUUUUAGAUGGUCUUAGUGGAAAAGAAAAGGCUGAGAUUGUCAAAAAAUGUCUGUCUUUUAUUCACGAAUCUGGUGUUAUAGUGACGUCACUAACAUUUGAUGGUGCGCCAGUUAAUUUUACUAUGGCUUCUCAUCUAGGAGCUAAUUUUGAUGUCAGUAUUAUGAAAACCUGCUUCACCCAUCCUGUGACUGGUAGCGAUGUGUUUAUAAUUCUAGACCCAUCUCACAUGAUCAAAUUAGUGCGAAACACGUUUGGGUCUCAAAAAUAUUUAAUUGAUCAAGAUGGAAAUCAAAUAGACUGGAAUUUUUUAAGCAAACUGGUAGAUACACAAUAUAGUGAAGGCUUGCACUUAGGCACUAAAAUUACUGUUCGCCAUCUGCAGUUUGUUAGAGGAAAAAUGAAAGUGAAAAUAGCUACCCAAACGCUGAGUAAAAGUGUAGCAGACGCUCUAUCAUAUUUAUGUAAGGAUCUUAAGCUUCCAGCUUUUCAAAAUGCAGAGGCCACAGCUAUUUUCAUCAAAAAAUUCAACGAUGUAUUUGAUAUAUUCAAUUCCAGAAAUAAAUUGGCCAAAUAUCAAUUUAAAAGACCACUAUCACCAGCAACGGCUGAACAAUUUUUUAGUUUUUUUGAUGAAUUAAGCAGUUACAUAAAAAAUUUAAAGUUAGGAAGCAUUCCAAUCAUUCAGUCGGCUAGAAAGACUGGCUUUUUAGGAUUUCUUAUUUGUAUUACCAGUUUGAAGGGUCUAUAUAAUGUAUAUAUUUUAGAACACAAAUUAAAAUUCAUAUUGACGAAUAAAUUAUCACAAGACCACUUGGAACUUUUUUUCGGUGCAAUAAGAGGGAAAGGGGGAUAUAAUAAUAACCCAAGUGCAAGGCACUUUGAAGCAGCCUACAAAAGAUUACUCGUCCAUACUGAAAUAACCGGUCCAAGUUCAGGAAAUAUUUCAGAUGGGAAUAGUGUAACAAUUUUGUCGUGUGGUAGUGGGCGAGAAAUUACUGCUACAGAUAGUGGAGAUGAUUUGACAGACAGCAAACAGUAUUUAGACUUUGAACAAGACGUCAAAAAUAAUAUAUCGACAUACAUAUCAUCUUCAUCUGCUUGGGACUUGACUGACUAUAGCGAAAAGGUUGUAGGAUAUAUUAUUUCUGGUUUUGUGGUAAAAACAAUGAAAAAAUGUGUCACUUGCACAAAAUGCAGCAGUGCAUUAGAAAGUUCCGAAGUCAUUUCUACGUUACAGAGAGUUAAACAAUGUGGUAAACUUGUAAAAGCCUCUCGAUUCGUAAUUCAACUAUGUACCGCUGCCGAAAAAUAUUUUAGAUUCUUCCACAAAACCACAAAUAUUUUCAAUAAAAAUAUUCACAAUUUAUUAGAAACAUUGAAAAUCAAUACGAUCAAAACUUUACCACCAGAAAUUCUAAGCCAUUUUGAGCACCAUUUGUUUGAUGAUGAUCCUGUAGAUGGGCAUGCAGUUCAAUUAGUAAAACUAAUACUCCACCAUUAUUUCAAAUUAAGAAUUCACCAUGAAACUGCUAAAAAUAUGGACUUAUCAGCAAAAACAAGAGUUCGAAGUGUACUAACCAAAACUAUUUUAUUUAGGCAUGAAUAAUUCUAGAAUAUAAAAAUGUAUAUACCACAAAAGUCAAAAUACUCUUAAUGUAGCGUUUUUAUUAUAUGUUUACAAUAAUCCAAAAUUUUGAAUCGGUAAAAUCUAUAAAAUAGUUAUCAUCUAUUCAUAAUCUAAGAUUAU